GAUGGCGGGCCUCUCUUCCCCGGGGAAGGCAGAAUCUCGGCGAAUGCGGCUGCGUGUCAAUCACCCGCUCUCAUGUGAUGGCUCCUGCCAGUGACGUGCCCACCAUAUGGCCUGGCAUCAGAGCGGGUAUGUAACCCUGCCUGCCAGCCAUGCCACACCGUCUCUACGCGCGGCCGGGGAAGGAGUAGCGCUCACGUCGGAUCACACACGCACACGCAAACCACACACACACAGACACCACCACACACACACACACACUGACAGACCCUCGCCUCCACUCUUGCCGGAACGUCCUAUUGGGCUCUCGGUCCCUGAAGAUGAUGUAGACGGAGAUACCUUCGGCCAAGCAAGUGCGCUACCAACAAGUGCUGGCAUCGCCAUGCUGACGCGACUGUUCAACGAGCCGUCGCUGCUGGCGGAUGCACGUAAGUUCCCUGGCUGGGUAGACGACAGUGGCAGCGAGGACUCCAAAACCAACGACAAGGACGAGCAGGACCCCUGUCGCCUGGGCCUGGACGAGGACUUGGACGAAGAGAACGACACUAAAGGCGUUGGACUAGGUAGAUCAGGUGCGGGUGACGAGGACGACGAGGACGACGAAGAGGACGAAGGCGUCAACGACGACGACGAGGAGGAAGGUGCAGACCGGCCCAAGAAGCGCGGCCCCAAGAAGCGAAAGAUGACUCCAGCACGUAUGGAACGCUCCAAAUUGCGCCGUCAGAAGGCGAAUGCGCGGGAGCGGACGCGCAUGCAUGACCUGAACUCUGCACUGGACAACCUGCGCAAGGUGGUCCCGUGCUACUCCAAGACCCAAAAGCUGUCCAAAAUUGAGACUCUGAGACUGGCCAAGAACUACAUCUGGGCACUAUCUGAAAUUCUGCGCAACGGUAAGCGGCCCGACGUGGUCUCUUAUGUGCAGACACUGUGCAAGGGUCUGUCACAGCCCACCACCAACCUGGUGGCUGGCUGCCUGCAACUGAGCGCACGCAACUUCCUGACUGAGCCUGGUGGCCAGGACGGUGUUCGCGCCUUCCAUGCAGAGGCGCCCUUUCAGUACCCAUACCAGUGUGCCCGGCUGGGUACACAAGGUCCAACCCUGCCAACGACCCCUUGCUCAGCUGCCCAUGCCCUCCGGGGACACUCAUACUGCCCACCGUAUGAUUAUGCCGCCUCACCGGACUAUGCCAGCCCCGAGUACGAUGGCGCCCCACACAGCCCGACGCUCUGCGUCAAUGGGAACUUUGCCUUUCGUCAGGAUGCUGCGGCUGUCUCGCCGGAUGCAGAGCGGCCCUUUCAUCACCAUCACCACCAUCAUCACUACUCUAUGCACUACCAGCGCACUCCUGUCCAGUAUGGAGGCGCCUCAGGAGCGCGUGGUGGUGCUUCUGAAAACGCCCCACCUUUUCACGAUGUGCACGGGCAACCUUAUGAGGAGCUGAAUUCAUUUUUUCACAAUUAAAGCUCCUUAGACUGGAAAUGAACAAUAAUUAUAAUAAUAAAAUAAUAAUAAUAAUGAUAAAAAUGACUUUUUCCCUGUAUGGAAAAACAUUUAAUUCCCAUAAUGCUCAUGUAUCAGUGGCAGAAGAUAACUGCUUUUUUACCAACACAAAAAAUGACUUUUAUCUUGCUUUUGUUAAUUGUCGUCACGGAACUAUAAUGGACCAAAAUGUGAAAAAAAUUAAUAAAUGGAUUCAAAAAAGAAAA